AUGCUGCGCAACGCCGUCAGCCGCACCACUCUCAAGGCCGUCGGCCAGGGUGGUCUCGGUGGCUCCUCCAGCCACGCGGAAGGAAUGCAUCCCAACCUCGGCCUGCACAACGCCGCCGCUACGGGCAACAUCGGCCUCGUCAAGUUCGCUCUCGAGAAUGGUCAAUCCGCCAACAGCAAUCUCAACGGCAUUCUGCCAUUGCAUGCUGCUUGUUCCGGUGGCAGCGAACAGAGCGUGCGCAUGCUCAUCUUCCACGGCGCCGACGUCAACGCCCCUCGACUCAAGGCGAAGGGUUCAAAUGGUGGUCCCGGAGCAGAAGGCUCCACUCCGCUCCACUUCGCUGCCGCCAAUGGUCAUCUCGAGAUUGUACGCAUGCUCCUCGAAGCAGGGGCGCGGCCAGCUGCCGCUGACAAAGACGGCGUGACCUCGGAAGCGCUCGCGACAAGCGCCGGAAACACCGAGUGUGCCAAUCUCAUUCGCUCUUGGAUCUCUGCCUACGGCUCCAAUGGUCUCGCGGGCAUGGUCGAAUCACGCGAGACCGUGAGCGGCGACGUUACCCUUGGCCCCGCAGGAUACAUUCGCUAUGCUGCCUCAGAUCGUCCGCUACGCACUCCUCCUCCCUGCUAA